AUGACAAAGCCCCCCCAUGAGGACCCCAGCAAAGAGAGAAAUGGGGAACAGUGUUGGAGGCACAGAGAAACUGAGAAACCCCAGCUGAGGUCUGGAGAUGCCAACGCUCCGGUGAGCAGCGACAGCCACGGGGAGAGCAGUGGAGCCCAUGGAAUAGAGGAGGAGAGUCCCCGGCGCGGUGUCUCCGAGCAGGACCCGGACCAGCCCGAGGCAGAGACAGGAGCCGGACAUGCCAGAGCCAGCCCCGCUCGGCGGGGACAGGAAAGCGGCGGAGAAGAAGCGGGUGGAGAAGUCCCCAGGACCCUCCCCGUGCAGAGCAAGGUGGAGCCGCCCAGCCUGGACCCUGCGGAGGAGCCGCUGCUCUGGGAAGGGCUCACCCUCAACAAGUGCAUCCUGGUGGCCUCCGUGGUCGCCCUGCUCAGCGUCACCUUCCAGGUGCUCCAAGCGCCAUGCUCCAAGGAGGGACUCGCCCGCGGCCGGCAGGAGCCUCCGCCCCCUCCCAUUCCCGAGGCCGUGAGCCCCAAGGCGGAGAUCCCAGAGGCGGUGACCGCCCAGCCUGCGCCGCCACCGGAGAGCAGCGCGGUGGAGGAUGAUGAUGAUGAUGAAGAGGGUGACGAUGACGAUGACAGCGAAGCUGACAGCAACCUGGCAGAACCCUGGAUCUUCAAGAAGUGGUUUGGCCGCACAACACCAGAGGAUGAGGACAAGGAUGAGGACAAGGAUGGGGACAUGGAUGAGGACAAGGAUGAGGAUGAGGACAAGGAUGAAGAACCUGCAGAUGUCCCCGAGGUGCCAGUGGCUGUGAUGGAGGGGAAGAAGAGCCAGGAGAAGCAGGAGAAGAAAAUGGAGAAGGAGGAGGAGGAGGAGGAGGAGGAAGAAAAGGAGGAGAAGGAGGAAGAAAAAGAGGAGAAUGAGGAGGAGGAGGAUGAGGAGGAGGAGAAGGAGGACAAGAAGAAGGAGAAGAAGGAGAAAGCCCGGGAAGGCCGUGCUGUCCAUGUGGAGCGGAGCAGCCGGAGGGAGGCACGAGCCAAGGACAGGACAGCAGGGGACAAACCUGGCAGAGCCCCCAGGGCCCCCAGGGACCCCGAGCAGCAGCCCCAGAAGAAGCGAGACCGGGAGAGGAAGGAGAGGAAGGAGAGACGGCGGGAGAGGGAUGAGCCCAGGAGGGAGGGGUGGAGGGGCCGUCCCGGCAGGGCUGACGGCGGCCGGGAGAGCCCGAGGCGGGACUGGAAGCAGCAGAAGGGCAGGAAGCCCUGGGAGCCGGCGCCGGGCAGGGACAGCAGGGCCAGGGAGGGCAAGCGGCGCGACUGAGGCCAGGGUGGGCGUGGGGCUCGAUGGCGCUGGAUCCAGGGGGAUCCAAUCCCAUCACCGCCCCCGGCAAGGGACCCCCGGCCCUGCCAGCCCUCCAGAGACACCCCCGGGCAGGACAGCAUGCCAGGACCCCCGAGCAGCAGCAGAGCAGCCCAGGAGCCUGGCACGAGCCUCCCUGGGGACUUUGGGCCACCCUGGAUCAAAGGUGACCUGAAAGGACUCAUGGAAGGAGCUUCUUUGAGCCUCCUUACUUCUCCAUCCCCACCCAAAACCCCUCUGCAGCUCCCCUCCACUCGUGGUUCCGGGGUGAACAGAGUUGUGUCCAGACUGUGCAGCUCUUGGGUUAAUGGUUUUAUUGAAAGCAAAUCAAGAGAGAAGAAUAUUCUGGGUUACGGAACCAGGCUGCAGCCAUCCUCAGAGGGACAUCAGGGACAGACCCCCGACCUCACCCAGCCCAGUGCCAUCGCUGCAGGGUGGCCCAGAAGGUGCUGGUGACAGAGCAGGGCUGGAGCCUUUCACCCAGGGAUCCCUGCGGGCCUCGCCUUCUCCGAGUCGCUUUUAGGAAGGAAACACAAGAGCAAUAUCACACAGCCAGAGAUGCUCACAGCCCUGACCCAUGGCAGGUUUCAGUAUUUGCUAAAUCAACAGUGGUUAAAAUAAACUAUUUUCAUUUUUAA